GAGAGGCACGAGGGUCUGAACGGGCGUGGAGACCUGGCAGGACACUGGAGACUGGGGUGGAGAGCCUGCUCGCUGAAAGCUGAAGACCUAUUAUACAUACACAGAUAGCUCCACUGGAGAAACGGCUUCCUUCCGCGCCUGAAAGUCCAUAUGCAGCUCAAAGCAGCUUUUGGACGAGCCGAAGUCGACUCACCUGCCCCGCGUUCAGAAAGCCACUUUGAACCGAUAGGCAAUGGAAUCACCGCCGUUGUGCGGAUGCAAUCUUCCAGCGAAACUAGUCCCGGUACAUAAAACUAAAUCAACUUAUUGGGGUUGUCCAAACCAGUUUGAGAGGGGCAAGCGCAAGUGCCACUUCUAUCAGGAAAUGCAACCCCCAUCCGAUCGUCGGCUGCAAAGACAAGUAGGACGGCAAAACGAAAGCACACCGCCUCCUCAAUCAGGAGGAAGCAGUUAUAAUAUGCCCAGCAACCCACCACCUGCGCCGCGAAAGGCGCAACCGUCGCGAUAUAUUGAUCCAGCUUUAUGUGGGGGGAAUACGUCUUCAUCGUAUGCGACAGCGAUGGGCUUCGGCUAUUCAGAUUCUCCAACGGCCUGGUAUAGCACACAGCGAGGGAUUCAGGCUGGAAUUGGCUCCAGUUGGAAUGAUAGCGAGGGAACAGAAUGGGGCGGAUAUUCAAGCGCCGACGACGAUUUCGGCGGCGAUGAGGAUACGAUAUUGUCACAGGCGCCCUCGCAAGCCGAGGAGUUCUAUGGAGUGGGGGCUGAGGCGGGGAACCCAGGCCGAGCAGGAUCACAGGUCCAAGCUGGAACGAGUGGUCCACAGGGCAAAUCAACCUCGAUGGGACGCAGCGCGUAUGAUAAUGGGCGGGUUAAGAAACGGACGAGAGAUUCCCCGGGCACAACAUCACCGUCGUCGCAACUUCCACCGUCACAUCCCGACAAUAACCCGUUUGCGCCCGCAGCACCAAAGUCCCAUACCUCGGGGUCGACCCAAAAACAUCCUCUCCCAACGCCGACGCCGCACGAAGCCCGUCCCAACGCGUUCACUCCCCAAGGCCCGCCGCCUCGCUUCCCUCAGUUCCACGAGCUUGAUACCCCACCCGCGACGGUCGACCGCAAAGCACCCCAGAAAACGUCCUCCCUGCUCUCAUCUCCGCCCUCCCCGACCCCCUUCCAUUGCUCGCAGCAGACCAUCUUCGACUCCACAGACGCGACGCCCUCCAGUUCAGCUACGACAACCAUGUCGGCGGAUAACAUCCACGAAUAUAUCACCCAUCUCGAGGCGGAGAAUAAGAGGAAGGAUAGGCUGAUUUUGGCUUUGGGCAAAAGCAAAGAGUUUUUGCAAGGGCAGUUGAAGAUAGUGAGGGAAGAAGCGGAUAGGAAGGCGAAGUUUUGUGAUUCGUGUCGGAAGGGGAUGUGAGGGGAAGAUGAUGGAUACGUUUUGGAAGGGCAUCGGCGGGGCCCGAUCUUUAUCACGGCGUUCUUCUGUACCCGUCUUUGUAUUGAUCGUUAGCGCAAAUAACGCUUAUUCAUUGCUGCUCCAAAUCCCGAUGCUACAUCGAAGUGCUGUGAGUCG